UGUUUCUUGAGUGUUCCGUUCCCGAUGUCACCAAGGCGACGUGACGCUACCUGCUCGAUCAUGGUAUUUGUGACACACUAAGAAGUAAAAAAAUAAAAGAACUUUGAAGAGGAUAUAAGAAAAACUGUGAAACUGCCAUCAUGUCGGACACCGAGAUGGAUAAGGAGGAGAAAAUUCCCCAAGAGGAGACAACUGAUUCUAAAAAUGAAUCAGACAUAAAAAAUGAAGAGAGUCCUCCUAAAAAAGAGGAGACAACUCCUCGAAAGUCUGUAACGGAAGCACCCGCAGUGAAACCAGAGAAAACGAAAGAGAAAGACGAGAAGCGGGAGCAACAGAAGUCAAAAGAAGAGCCAGUAGAGGAACAGAAACAAGAGAAUGACGACGACAAAAAAGAUGACGACACGGGUACGCGUAAAGUAACUUUCGAUUCUCGUGACAUAAACUCUGCCAAAGACACACAUAUCGGAAGUGACGCAAAUGGUGCAGAAAAUGGUGCUAGGAACGACGACGAUACAGAAACAGAAACAAAUCGUAAAAAUCUUCCAGAACAAACUACACCUGAAAAAAAUGACACUAUGAACUUGGAGGAUGUAUACAGUGAUUCAGAUUCAGAAAAGCAGACGACUGACAAAGAUAAGUUAGACUCGAAUACAAAUCCUGAGGUCGCACAAAAAUCAAGUACAAAUGGUUUAGAACCCGAUCAAAAUAAGGGGAAGCUAGAAUCCGGUACUCCUGAGGAUAACGCACUAGACUCAAAUGUUAGUGUAGAACAAGAAAAGAAAACUAGGAACGAUUCAGAACCAAGUCAAAAAGAUGAAAAGUUAGAACCUACAUCUGGAGAUAAAGUCACAAGUGAAAAGUCGGAGGAAGCUGAGAAGUCAGAAACGAGGGACAGUGGUUAUGUCCCCUUAGACAAAUUAUGGUCAAGUCCAAAAAGAGAAUUUAAAGGUGUACAGCGUGAAUAUAGUUUUGAAUACAGAAGAUCAACAUCAACUUCCUCUUACACUGCACAGAAACAAGAAGAAGAAGACCAAUCAGAAAAAAAGAGUGAAUCCGACAAACUGAAAACAGAUGUAAAAGGAAGUGAAUCCGACAAAGCAAAAACAGAUGUAGAGGGAGGUCAAACAGAAAAUAAGGUUGAUUCAAUACAGAUUAGUAACAAUAAGGAUUCCCCAACUGAUUCUAGUGAUAAGUACAUUAGUGACAAAGAUAAAAGUGAUUCUACAACGGAAUCGCUCAACGCAAGUGAUAAAAAUGAAAUUAAAGAAGAAAUUGUGAAAAGUGAUAAUGAAAGUCCAAAGAAGACAUCUGAUGAAUCUAGGAAGCCUGUGCACGGUGAGUAUCAAACAGAACCAUCUCCAAAACAAGAGAUUCAAUCAGAGUCAACAAAAUCAUCGCAAAAAGAAGAAGACUUAGAACGUAAAGAUGAACCGAAAUUUGAAAAGGAGGAAGAUGAUCAAGACGACUGGCGAUUCGAUGACAGAAAAUCUUCAGAUGGGGGAUCAGAGGAAGCACGAUCUGACGACGAACAUAUAAAACAUGAUGAUAACAGAAAUGAAGAAGAAAUAACAAUACCAAAAGCUGACAAAGAGGACGAUUAUGAAGAAGAAAAGUUUGAAUCUGAAUCCGAUGAUAAUAUAUCAGUGGAAGACACAACACCCUACAAGGAAGAACCCAAAGAAGAACCAAAGAGUGAAUCAAAGAAAGAACCAGCAAAGCAGUCCAAAGGAGGACCAGCAAAGAAAACAAAAGAGCAACCAAAGAAAAGACCCCAACCGUCUCCCUCGCCCAGACCUUCUUCGCAACCAAACAGGAAUCUACAGAGACCGGUCGCUAAAAGUGCUCAAGUAACAAGUCGACCUUCCGAUGGUCGACGAGCUUUGUCUCCCGCUCAGAUGAGGACUCCGAGAUCGCAGACAAAUACUCCAAGGUCAAAACAAAGGCCUCAGACAACACCAGGAGCACCUCGGCGGCAAUCCAGAAUAGCGUCAGAAGACGGUCAAAAAAGACAGAAGGAAUUCUUCCGCGCAGAGUUGUCUAGGCUACAGAAGAGUCUAAAAGACGAAUCGUCCAAAAUCCACAAACCCAAACAAAGAGAACACUACCCAUUUGUAUGGACUAGUCUGGAACCUUACUAUAAUACAUACGUGGCACGAUUCCUCAUUGACGCCCAAGAAGAAGCCAUUUUCCAUCCCAAAGCAAGGAGGAGCUUUCCUGAGACAGAGCGACCACAAACACGUGGUCGUCCGGUCAGUCGCGGGAAACUCUAUGCUGAGGAUCCUACGCCCGGGUACGUCAGUAGAAACACAGCCAUUGGACUGUGUGACCCAUGGACCGACCUCAGAAUGGACCGUGAACUCUUACCCAGGCUAGAGACCCCCACCAAAAAGUCCAGGACAAGAGCAAUGCAGAAAGAACAAAAACCGAAAAAGAAAGAAAAACCCCCCAAACAAGGUAGUACCAGACUGCCAAAAUUUCCGGUGGUGGAUUUCUCUUCCAGCAAAGAGAAUGCGACCAAACGCUUCCCAUACAGUGAAGUGCCAAAGUUCAGACAAGAGGUAAUGGGGCGCUACAAACAUGAUGCACCCAAAAAGUUGAAUUCAGAUUACAGCCGAACAAGGGACGAUUUUUAUCGAAUGGAUCUGGAUCGACUUGAUGAAGUCCAUCCCAUCAACCGGCCGCACAUGCGCAAAGCCUAUUUUGCAUACCUUCAAAAUACACCUGGUUCUAAGAAAGCAAUCAAUGAAUGUGUCAAGGGACUGAAUAAUGACCAGGCUCAGAAGGCUAACUGAGAGAUCGGCGUGUUCAUAUUAAAACAGUGCUUAUGUUAAAUAACUUACAUGAGAAAAAUAUUGAUAUUUCUGUCACAUUUUUAAGUCGUGUGUUGAGUAAAAGUUAUUUCAUUUCCCCCGAAACGUUUAGAAGAUAAAUCUCAAUAUUUGCAUCAACUGAAGACAUAUUUAUUAUAUAGUGUGUUCAACAUCAGAAUUUAGAAGAUUGACAUCCUGAAAAUUGAAGAGAACUUAUUAUGAACAGAUUAUCUGUGAUAUAAUUAACAAUUUUGUGCCUGGCAUUCACGUGUCUACUAUGAGAUGAUUGGCUUCGUCGUUAUUUUUUCCCUUGCUUUUCGCCGUUGUCAUUUUUCAAAUAUUUUUCAUGAAAAGUGGUCCAACAUAUGUUUUGAUUUUUUUUAUAAGUUAGAUCAAGUUAUCCAAGAUACAUACAGAACUUUUUUUCGUUUUCUGUUUCGCGUUGACGUGCAAGAUCGAUAACUCAGGGUAGAGAUUUUAUUAGUUGUUUUUACGAAGCUUAUAUUAGUAUUAAAUACUUCAGAAAAUCGAUCGUCUUGUUAGGUAGAAUUUAUUUUUUGACAUUCUGAAACAACAGAUACCAGUAUAGUCGCAUUUUUUUCUUAUGUUUGAAAUUCUGUGUCUGAAGCUGGUCUCCUUUUUCAUUUCCAUUGUCACAGGUACACCUGUGGCGUCAUAUAUUUGUUAACCGUUCACACUCGUAAAUAAAGUCAAUAACAAAUGAA